UUUUUAUUUUCAGUAAUUCAGUCAGUGUUGAUACCGGUUUUGUGUUGAUAGUGUGCCGUGAUUUUAGUGAUGUAAUGAUAAUGAAAACUUUGACACUAAUAUGCAAGGUAUUAUAAUGUUUAAAAAACAGUGACACUAUCACAUGUUGACCCUUUUUCUUUCGGUUGAACUUAUUAAAGGAUUAAGUGCAUUAAAGUGCGUUUACAUUUUUGAAAUGUGUACAUGUAUAUAAUGAGUUGUUCUGAAGUAAUGUAUCAAGCUUACUAUCCCUAUCUGUAUCAAAGGGCUGGUGCCGCACCUCCUGUAUCAGCGCAUCCAGUUCCCAGAACUGGACCAUUUAGUUCUCCUUUUGGAGCCGCACAUCAAUAUGACAGGUUUAAUGUUCAAAGAAUUCAGGACGCCCAUUCUUUAUCCCAACCCGGAUCAAGUAGUAGUACAGGAGCAGGACUUACUCUUGGCGAAUCGCAUUCAUCUCUUACCGCAUCCCACGCACACCCCUUGUAUCUGCAGGGUUCAGCGCACAGCUCAGGGGGUUCCGUCAGCUCAACGGGGGGCGCUUCCCCAACAAGUCCGCUACGACCUGGCAAAGAAGAAGAUUGUAGUCUGCACGGCAGGAGUAGCACCGAAGACCCUCAGCAAGGAGUUGACGAUGAUGAUUCGCAGGACGGCAGUAGUUCGCGUGCUCAGUAUGUCUCCGCCAACUGCGUUGUGUUUACGCAUUACCAAGGCGACGCCGCUUCUGUUGUCGAUGAACAUUUCUCCCGAGCCCUUGAUAAGACGACCGGUCACACAAAAGAAAGUUCCCCAAUGUCUACUCGAAAUUUCCCCCCUUCCUUUUGGAAUAGUCAACACUAUAGUGGCGCUAACGGCGGUACUGGUCAUCACGGUGCGUCGGCAGCAGAUUUGUACAGUGAACAUUAUCAUCCAGGUGACGCCUGGUAUCAAUAUAGUCAACACCAUAGAUUUGAUUACCACCACCAUAAUAUGGCAGCACAAUAUGGUGGUCUUUUGCUUCCCGGAUCCAGGUUACAUCACAUGAGUUCACACGCUCCUUGUAAAGCUAUGGAAUGGCAGCAUCCAUCCAUUGAAUCACCGUACUCCUCCUAUCCUUCAAUGUCAGGGCUUGAAGCUCAAGUGCAGGAUUCGUCAGUUCACUGGUUUUAAAAGUGAUUUAAUCGGACAAUUGUAAAAAGUGAAAAUCGUGAUUUAAGUGUAAUAUAAAAAGUACAAACUCUAUUAUUAAAUAAUAAGUUUACUGUAAAGACAAUGUUAACGUUUAUUUUAAAUAAAUGUUCCUUAUUAUUAUUCAG